AUGGCAGCUUUAGAGACAGCAAUGGAGUUGUUGAGGCCCCUCGUCAACACCAAGCCUUGGGACUACUGUGUCAUUUGGAAGCUAGGAGAUGACCCUUCAAGAUUCAUCGAGUGGGGGGCAUGCUGUUGCGGCCAUGUAAACGAGCCCGAGGACGAUAUCGAGCUUGAGGCUCGUUGGGGCGGCGAGUGCAGGGACAAGCUGAUUAAGCAUCCGAUUAGAGCUAAGGCCUGCCAGAGGCUUGCCCGGUUGCCAUCUGCCUUCUCCUUGUAUUCAGGUGUUCAUGGAGAUGUUGUGAUUUCCAAACAAACAAGAUGGUCAGUCCACAGUAAUCUCUCUGCCUCAGAUGAUGAACCAAAUGGAACACAAGUUCUCAUCCCGGUAGCUUGUGGCCUAAUCGAGCUCUUCAGCACCGAACACGUCCCGAAAGACCAAAAGAUUAUCGACUACGUUUCGUCCCGCUUUCGAGCUCCUCUGAAACAAGAAAACACGAAUCAGAAAACACAUUUCAGUUUUAACCUCAAAGAAGAGCUUUUUAACAGUCUUCCCAAGGAUUAUUUACAAAACUGGCUCCCCCCACUCCAUUAUACUAAUUUUCCACCCCAACUGCCCCAACCGAGCAACUACUCCAGCUUUGAAGGAUCGCCCACUUGCUCGAGUCUUUCGAACGAGCACCAAUUGGUCAAAGUUGGUCCGGCACACAAGCUUCCUGAUAUGGUUCAUGAAAAAGCUACCAACGAGUACGUGGACUCGCCAAGGAGCAACCUCAGGUUAAAAAGGAAGAAAUGCAUGACAGUCGGCAAAGAGAACGAUUGUGUGGAAAUCACGCACAAGGGAGAAAAGGGAGUUUACAAGUCGAAAAAUCUCAUGACAGAGAGAAACCGGAGGAAGAGGAUCAAAGACGGCAUGUUUGCCCUUCGUGCAUUAGUACCGAAGAUUUCAAAGAUGGAUCGAGUUUCGACAUUGGGUGAUGCAGCCGAGUACAUAAAGGAGUUGCAAGAGACUAUAGAUGGCUAUCAAGACGAACUCCAAGCAAUGGAAGAAAAUGAAUGCAAAAAUAGUAUUGCUAAACCGAACCCCACAAAGUCGAUCAAGGAAUGUUCAGAGAAGAAAGCAGCAAUUGAGGCACGAGUCGAAGUGAACCAACUCGGGAAUAAAGAGUUCUUGGUGAAGGUUGUGAGCAUGCAAAAGAGAGGUGGUUUUUCAAGGUUGAUUGAGGCAUUGGAUUCCUUAGGGCUUUGGAUUACAGAUGCAAAUGUCGCCACAUUCAACGGCGCUGUACUGAAUGUUCUCAAAGUUGAGGCUGGUAGAAUGGAGGUGGAGCCAAGUACUCUGAAGUAUUCACUAUACCAGCUGGUGAGUUGA